AGAGGACAGACGAAUGAUUUUGGCCACGCCCCUUUUUGCAUCUUGUUUAUUUUUCUACAGGGACACUCGUUUUGGUCAGAAAAUGAAGAAAACACGGAAUUAAUUGGCGAUUUCAACUACUUCGACGGAUCCACGCAUUAUAUUUGCAAAUGGGAGACGCGGUCAAACCCGAAGUGAAGCAGCCCAGCGAUCGAAAGCAGCGGAACAAAAGGCCGAAAAACAAGGGCAAGGGAGGACCCAAGCACGACUGCAGGGACUUUUACGUGUCCGACACGACUCCCUUCCCACUUCAGGUUGAAAAUUGCGAGCAGCUGAUCAGAAAGGAGGGCCAAGUCAUCAUCCACGGCGUUGGCCCACUCAUUUGCAGCGCCAUCAAUUUGGCUCUUCAGAUCGAAAGUGGACACCCUAAAGGCACAAUUCAAACCGGCACCACAACCUCUACUGUGGACACGAUAGACGAGCACGGUGUUCGAAGACCAGGGUCAGCGAUCUCAAUUCGUGUUACCCGUUCAGAGAUCCCUGCAAGUCCAUAGACAUGAUAUUUUCCCUGAAGGAAAUCACCCUGUGGCUGGGCAUCACCCUCUUCGAGAUCUGGGUCGGACUCAUUUCCCUCCUAGUGUUUGUGAUCCUUCUCGGACUCAGGUCCGAGGGAUUCCUGUCCAACACCUCGUGGUACCUCAUUUUUGCACCACUCUUUGUAGCCGAUGGACUGAACGCUUACUUCUGCAUAAUCGUUCUCAUCAGGAUGUACCUAGAGGGACUGUAUAAGACGGCUCUGUUCAGAGCAUCGUGGAGUUUUGCUCUCUUGGCCCUAGUUUUUGUGUUUCAGUUUUUGCUCUGCCGUAAAAUUCAGUCGGCUAGUAAUUUCGAGUACACUGAAAUAAUGACUCCUUUAUUUAUUAUUCUGCAGCUGAUUGCUGUCAGAGCUUGUCAAAUAAAUUAAAUUUGUUUUGUGAAAAGUGAUAUUAUGGGAAGAUAAUUUUAAUAAACUUAAAAAGAAUGUGCAACCUUAGA